AUGGACGUCUUCGAUCUGUUUCCUCGAGCGGGUAGUCUGUACCACACCUGCUCCAGUGGCACGCAGUGGUAUGUCUGUAGCAAAGGAGGCUACAGCGGCUGCUGCUCUAGUGAUCCAUGCACGAAGGGCAUAUGUCCAGAUGACGAUUCGAUUGCUUCUUCGACAACCACAUCACCCACCAAGUCUUCGUCGACAUCACCGUCAAAGACAUCGACAGAGACAAAGACUUCGAUACCUUCACUGCCAACUACUAGCACGUUAGCAGACGCAACGGCCGUACAGACAACCACAUCGGCAGCUUCUGUCACCGCUCCGACCACUGCUUCAACUGCCGUUGCUACUGCUACUUCGAGCAGUUCACCGAGUACCCAUUAUAACAACCGCGGGGCAAUAAUCGGCGGACUCGUUGGCGGCAUCGCAGCCGUAGCGCUGUGCAUUGUCCUUUUCUUCCUCUGCUGGCGGCGCAAGAAGAAACAAGGCCGUUUCUCCAUCAGCUGGCGAAGGAGCCAGACCAAUGCCUCCUACCACGAUCCUGAGAUGACCUCUACUCCUGGUACAAACUUCUCACGGUCUACCAAUGACACUAGCUGUCUGAGCAAUUCCUCCGCGGGUCUCCUAACAGGAUCCUCCAUCGAGUCGUCAACCCUCGGCCAAGCUACCCAACAAACAUCCUCAUCCAAAGACCUCGCCUCCCCUCCCCAAAUUCACCCAAUCACAACAACAACAACCCGCACAUCCCUGAUGGGAAUCACGGCUGAACUCUCCGAUACAGGCUUCUGGCGCACGUACUGCGAACUACCGCAUAACCCGCAAAGAGAACUAAUCAACCUCUCCCUUUCGCAGCGAAGACGUAGAGCCGUGCAGCAGCAGUUCCAGCAGAGCUUAAGCCGGCAUCAGCUGAGUACUCUCCAGAACUGGGGUUUCCUUAGUUCUACUGGCAGUAGUCCUAGGAGCUCAAGUCAGGACUGCCUCGCCAACGCACCUCCUCUCCCUGCGCAGCGACAGAUCGUUACGAAGGAGGGAGUCGUGCUCGGGGCAAAUAUGAAUCGCUACUCGACUGCGUUUGAGUUUACAUCGUCGCCGGUGGAUACUGCAAAUGAGAAAGGGAAGGAGAUCCAACAGCAGUGUGCUGCUCAUGACCGUGACCAUGAUCAUGUUAUGAGUUUUAUGCAGUACGAUAAUGCAACUGGGACUGAUGGAUCGAGUCAAGCGGUAGAGCUACCGGGGAAUCCGAGGACAAGAACAGAGUCGCUGGUUAGGAAGACUUCGAUUUCUGGCGCUGUCGCUCCUGCUCCGGCGUUGACGUCAAUGCCUUCUUUGGCUUUGUUUCGGGAGGACGAGGUGGUCUACUCGCCUAGUGACAUGCCGCCAACAUAUGCAGUAGAGGAGGGCGUGUCGCCGAAGGAUGUCAAGUCUCCGUGUGAGACGAUAGGAUAA